AUGGAUGCCUUGAAGCUAUGGAGCCUAUCUUCGCAACCACUCAAGCACCUCUUCCGAUGUGCCUCUUCCACCACCACCACUCUUAGACGACCCUAUUCUUAUUCUUCUUCUUCAUAUUCUAGAGUGGUCCUCCGCUGUUGCUCUUCCACCACCACUACCACCACCACUACCAACGCGGGCGGCAGAAACCGGCGGGUAUCGACAUCAUCCUCCACAUCCGAUAGAGAUGCUGUUCGAGCCAUUCGCUUAAAGAAGGUAGAAGAACUGAGGAGCAAAGGUUUGGAGCCAUAUUCUUAUGGGUGGGAAAGGACUCACACUGCAAAUCAGCUGCAAGAUAUAUACAAGCAUUUACCGGAUGGUGAAGAGUCAAAGAGUGAAAAGGAUGCUGUAUCCGUGGCAGGAAGAAUUGUGGCUCGCAGAGCGUUUGGAAAGCUUGCAUUUUUGACAUUAAGGGACGACUCAGGAACAAUUCAGCUUUACUGUGAAAAGGAACGGCUUGCAAAUGAUCAAUUUGACCAGUUAAAGGCACUUGUUGAUAUUGGUGAUAUAGUUGGUGUUAGUGGAUCCAUCAAGCGGACAGAGAAAGGGGAGCUUUCUGUUUAUGUGGAUUCUUUUGCAAUUCUUACAAAAUCUCUACUCCCGCUACCAGACAAAUAUCAUGGCCUAACAGAUGUGGACAAACGAUACCGUCAACGGUAUGUAGAUAUGAUUGCAAAUCCUGAGGUAGCUGACGUAUUCCGCAAAAGAGCAAAGAUUGUAUCAGAGAUACGAAGGGCAGUGGAAUCGUUUGGUUUCAUUGAAGUUGAAACUCCAGUUCUACAGGGAGCAGCUGGUGGAGCAGAAGCUAGGCCAUUUGUUACAUACCAUAAUUCACUUGGAAGGGACCUGUAUUUGAGAAUAGCGACUGAGCUCCACCUAAAGAGAAUGCUGGUUGGGGGGUUUGAAAAAGUGUAUGAGAUUGGUCGAAUAUUCAGGAAUGAAGGCAUUUCAACUCGUCAUAAUCCUGAAUUUACCACUAUAGAGAUGUACGAAGCAUAUUCAGACUAUGAAAGCAUGAUUAACAUGGCAGAGGAAAUUGUUACACGAUGUGCGCUUGCAGUUCACGGGAAUCUUACCAUUGAUUACCAGGGGUUGGAGAUACAUCUCGAGCGGCCUUGGAGGAGGGAAUCCAUGCACAAUCUUGUAAAAGAAUCCACUGGGAUUGAUUUUGAUGAGUUGGGCAAUGAUCUUAAAGUUGCUAAAGAAGUUACUCUGGAAAAUCUUGGAGGUGAUCUUGAUUACAAAGACAAAUCUUCCCUUCAAGCAUGCACAUCUAUUGGCCACCUUCUUAAUGAGGUUUUUGAAAUUGCUGUAGAACCAAAGCUUCUGCAACCCACAUUUGUUUUAGACUAUCCUAUUGAGAUAUCUCCUCUGGCCAAGCCACACCGAAGAAUUGCAGGGUUGACUGAGAGAUUUGAGCUUUUUAUCUGUGGUCGUGAGCUGGCCAAUGCUUUCUCUGAAUUGACCGAUCCUACGGAUCAGAGAGGACGCUUGGAAGAGCAAGUGAGGCAGCACAAUGAGAAGAGAGCAGCAGCAAUUUCAAAUUCAGAGAGUGCAGAAGAUAAAGGAAAGGAAAAUGAUGAGUCUUAUGAAGUGACUCUUGAUGAUGAUUUCCUUACAGCUUUGGAAUAUGGGAUGCCUCCAGCUUCCGGAAUGGGACUUGGAAUUGACAGGCUUGUCAUGCUUUUAACAAACUCGGCCAGUAUCAGAGAUGUAAUUGCUUUUCCGGUGCUUAAAGUUCAGCAAUAA